CAUUUACAAAACCCGCGGCGCCCAUUUUUAGGGUUUCGCUCUGCUUCGCUUCCGUCUUCACGGCACACAGAGGCGUAGAGCUGCUCCAAAAGCUUCAAGAUCCGAAACCCUAGCUAUGUCUCUGGUAGCGAACGAAGAGUUCCAGCACAUUCUGCGUGUGCUGAACACGAAUGUGGACGGGAAGCAGAAGAUUAUGUUUGCCCUGACCUCCAUCAAAGGUAUCGGCCGCCGUUUCGCCAACAUUGUCUGCAAGAAGGCAGACGUCGACAUGAACAAGAGAGCUGGUGAACUGUCUGCUGCGGAGCUUGAUACCCUCAUGACGAUUGUUGCGAAUCCUCGCCAGUUCAAAAUUCCAGACUGGUUUUUGAACAGGAAGAAGGAUUACAAGGAUGGGAGGUACUCUCAAGUUGUUUCCAAUGCAUUGGACAUGAAGCUGAGGGAUGACCUUGAGCGCUUGAAGAAGAUCAGAAACCACCGUGGUCUCCGUCACUACUGGGGUCUCCGAGUGCGUGGGCAGCACACCAAGACUACCGGUCGCAGAGGAAAGACCGUUGGUGUCUCCAAGAAGCGAUAGAGUCUGCCCUUGCAUUUUCCAUUCUAAGCUCUUUGCGUAUGUUUACAUGUUAGCUUGAGAGCUUUCUGCUUCUUGAGUAUAUCUGAGAAUGUUUAUGAAUUCUGAAAAUGCCAUUUUGGAUUUGUUUCUGGGAUUUAUUUUCUUAUUUAAACCGAAGGCAUGUUUUCGUUAAUUGUAAGUUCACUAAUUUCCAUAGUGAAGGUUUUCUAGCUUAUA